AUGGGAGGACCACAGCAAAUUCGCGAAGCGUUUGACAUUGCUAAAAACUUUCUGACCCCAGUCCUCGAUCGAGAGGAAAUACAAAAGACUCAAGCUAAAUCUUUGCUGCAGAUCCUCAGUCGGACUUCGGGGGAGGAUGAUAGUGCUGGUGAUGAUGCCGCAAGGCCAACAGUGAUCAAUAAGGCUUUGGACAUCUUGACCAAUAUCCAUAGAUCUUUUGUUUCACCUGAUGACCAAUACGGGUCUCUUCAGUCAUGUGGGGAGGUUGAAGAGUCACCAUCAGAAGAUGCCAAGCGCCGUCGGAUGCUACAUGCAUUGUUGGACUUGAUUUCCCUAGAAGGAAUAUAUCCUUCGCUAUCAUCUGGUGUUGGGAUCCCACUGCAGCAGCGGGUGAUCUCGGUAUUACCAGCCGGCGUCAUUGCAAAGCAGACUCAAACAGUUGCUAGCAGUGUACCGCAUGAUGGGCCUCUUUUGCGCCGCAUAAUUGACGUUCUGGUUGAUGUUCUCUUUGACCCAAAACCAAGCCUCCAGCCGAUCAUUCGUGGUCGUAUACUAAGUGACAUAAUCAGUGGCACGUCUGAUCUAGCUUUCAAUCCAAAUACUGUGGCAUCAUCCCACAGGGAAAUGUAUCAGAAAACGCUGGCCAAGAUCAUUGAUGAUACCCCAACAACCGUCUUGUUGCCCACAUUGUCUGCGUUCCUCCAGUCGGAUACUGCGCAAUGGUUCAAGUCAACAAUUUCCAGCCAGAUCUCGCAAGUUCCGCUACGACCCGGCGGAGUAGUGCAAACCAUCAUGUUCAUUGCAUCACAGUUCUCCCCAUCGCUAGGCCAGGAAGCACAGGACCAAUCAAAUGGCCCUCGUUUAACUGUGCAGGCCAUCAUGCAAAUUUCACGACUCCUUUCCUCUGUGCCAUCGGAUUUUGAUACAACCGUCUAUUUUGAGACAAUUGCACCCCAGCUGCUAGCAUUAAUAGAUGGUGAUGAUCCGGAUCUGCGAAAAACUGCGUCGUAUGUCGUCGGUAAUGGAAUUUUGGGGAAACGUGCUUACGGUGCUCCUGGCACUGUUGGGCACUCCAUCUUUGUGGAGCCGAUAUUCAAUGCGCUCGCCGCGAACCUCGAUGCUAAAUCGAGGCGAUGGAUCAGUCGCUUCACCGAUAUCGAAGGCUCUAUGCCGGACCCCCCGGAAGCGGAUUAUACGUCCAAUGUCCUAGUGGAUGGUGUCACAGUGGACCUGGCUCUAAACAGACUGAGAUGUCUGACAUUGCAGCAUCCAAACCCGGGUCUCGUGAAACGAAUCGUGUAUCCGAUUCUUCUUCCGUUGUGGGGCUUGGUCUGUUUCUCUCAGGAGGACGGCCUGACCUCAUUCCAUGAAAGAAUCUUGCCCCUGCUCCAGACGUAUUUUGGAAUCUCCGUUGGCGCCCAACCCCUCAAAAAGCUGGUUGAUAAUCUUCUUUGGGAUGGGGGUGCGACAUGGACGUACAAUAAAGAUUCCAACGCUGGAAUCGCGUUGCAAAAACGGAGUGAGAAAGCAAACGAGCAUUCAAACUUGGUGCGACUGAUCGAUUCCCUCCAAGCACGAGCGGAGCUUUUCGUUAGUCUCAUUGGCUCGGAUCCUAGCAGUGAGGAACGGACCGGUGAUAUCUUCCUCUAUGUCAGUCAAAACUGGCUAGUGCAGCCGCAGGGCUCUGCAGUCCCACGCAACACAUUGAGCGGAGGUCCCGUUGGUGAAAGUGACAACAUUAUUCAGAAGCUUGUCAGUGCCAAGGUUGCAGAGAAGCUGCUUGAGAAUUUCAAAGAAGCACUGACUCGACGCCCGCUCCGAGUUUUAGAGCUUAUCAAGCAAGUUGUUGAUGGAGAGCUGCAUAGAUUUAGCGCACAAGAAAGGGCGAUGCAAGACAAAGUAAAUAGCAAGGUAUCCCUGUCAUCUUUAGCUAAUAUAGUGGAAACGGAGGACAAAGACAAGGAGGAAUCCGGUAAUGACUCCUUUGAGUCCGUCUCAACAGCCUUCAGUUUGAUGUCCACGCUUCUUGCAUCCGCUGAUUUUUCUCCUACUGCUGAAAUUCAGCCCCUCCUUGGAUCUCUCAAAGAGGAUCUCGAUCAACUCAUUCCCUUUCUCCCUUCUAUCCUCUCCAAAUCAGCAACUACCUCGUCUAUGUUGCUAGAGAUUCACCUUGCCGGUGCAGACGAAACCGCAAUCAAGGCAGUACCAGCUCAUGUUCAGGACCUUGAAACGCAUCGUCAAGCACUUGCGAACCUCAACUCAGAUCUACCACCUGUGCAGGCCGAAGGCCUAUCGCUGAUUUCGAAGCUGAUCAUGAACUCGUCACCCGUUCUAGAUGUAGGGUCAACCCUCGCACUCUUGCUCUCAGUUAUCACAGACACAUCUAAGACCGCUGCCAACGAGGAAUACGCAUAUCUCGGUGCAAUCAAGAUAGUUGGCAUACUUGCCUCACGUCACCCACGUACCGUGAUCAAAACGUUGGUUGAGGAAUACGCAGACAGACGCGAACAAAGAGCAUUGGACGAAAGGCUCAGGAUUGGCGAGUCUCUACUGCGAACAGUCCAGGAAUUGGGAGAUGCACUGGCCGGUGAGACGGCCAAAAUUCUUGGUGAAGCUAUGGUUGCUGUCGCCGGACGCCGUGGCAACAAGCAACAUGCACAGAAAAUCCGCAAGAAGCAACUUGCCAAGGAGAAGCGGGAACAGGAACGCGCGCAACGAAAGGAAAAAGAAUCGGCCAUGCCCGAAGGAUGGUCCAUUUCAUCUGGAGUAGCCAAAGCUGCUGCAGAACUCGACCUCACAGAACUUCAUUCGGACGACGAAUCCCCAGAGCAAUCAGAAUACGCCACAAACGUCGUUGCUGCAUGGGCUGCCGGUGCGUCCGCAGAUGAUGCCCCUGAUGACCUGCGCGUUCGGGCAUCGGCCAUCUCCAUUCUUGGCUCGGCCAUCAAUGUCAACAUCCUCGGUCUUGGUCCCGUCAUUCUUUCUUCCGCUGUCGAGCUCGGGCUCGCUACCCUAACUCUCGAGAGGGAACCUGAGAGUGCCAUCCUCCGCCGGGCGAGUAUUGUUCUUAUUCUAGACAUUCUGAAAGCUCUCGAGGCAGCGCGGGAGACACGCGGUAAUAAGGAUAUCGGAUUCGGUUUUUCACUUUUGGAUGACUCGACUUCCAAUUUUGCAACUCCAUAUGGUUCCAGUAUGCAAGGACAGUCAACCAUUGGAAACAUCCCUGCUAUGCUACGCACUCUCCGCUUCGUCGAGGGUUCUGAGGAGGAUGGGCUCGCUCGUGGAAAUCUGCGUGCUUUGAUUGAAAGCUUGGAGGCUUGGUCGGAGAAGUCUUUAAUGUGGGGCAUUGGCGCCCAGGAUGAUCAAGAUGCCUUCAGUCCACAAUUUGGCCUGGGUGACAGGAUCGCCGGUCUGCAGGUUGAUCCCAUGGCAGGGGAAACCACUGGGCGUCCGCGCAUCGAGGAGAUUGAAUGA